UCAGAGAAAAAUGAAUGAUAGCGGAUUCAUAAUUGCUGAGUUUGAUGAUGGACUACAGUUAAUACCAACAAUAUGGUUCAAUGCGGAAAAACAAUCGUGUAUAUGGCCUGGCCAUUUUAAAACCAAAUUCCGCAUAAAUAAAGCAAUAAUAACAAAAGAAAUACCACAGGAAGAAUUUGAUUGGGAUGAGUUACCAAUCAAGAGAAUCUUCGGCACAGCAGACACUUAUGAAAAAGGCAUGGAAAAAUUGGUCCUAGCACAGGAUACAUCUAAUAUAGAAAAUACUGAAAUCUCAUCUAACGAAUUAAAAGAAAUAAAGAAAAAAAGAAGGCGGAUUCAAGCAAAAAAAAAAAUGUCAUCCUCAGAAAUGUCAUCAUCAUCAGAAGAUUUUCUUUUGCAAGAGAAUAAAGAAAAUCGAAUGACGCAAAAUAAUAAAAUAUUGCCUGCUUUUCCACAAAUAGAACAUUUUGUGCCUAAUUAUAAAUCGCGAGAUAAAUGUAAAGAGAAUUUUGGUAAUGAAUUAUCCGAAAGAAAUUCUACUUAUAAUAGAAUAAAUAUAGUUCAUGGUAAGCAACUAGUAUAAGA